AUGUGGCGUAAUGAAUUGCUCAACAUAAGAGCACUACAAUGUAGUGGCACUACCAAUUCAACAGGGGAAACUCUUUACCUUCGUGUUUCAGCUAAUGAUUUCCACAGACUGAGAAACAACAGAAAGGGGAUUGUUAUUGGAGUGGCAACUGGUACAGGCGUUUCUGUUCUAUGUUUAUUUGCACUCAUUCUCCUGGUAAUGAUUCUGAGAAACAAAAGUAAGAGGUCUAGUCAUAUACUGGAUGAUGUUCAAGGUUGUAACAGAAUCACUGCAUUUAGAUACACUGAUUUACAGCGUGCCACAACAAAAUUCACCGAUAAGUUAGGGGCAGGCAGUUUUGGUUCUGUAUUCAAGGGGGUUUUAACUGACUCGACUGCCGUAGCAGUGAAAAGGCUUGAUGGUGCUUAUCAAGGAGAGAAGCAAUUCAGAGCUGAAGUGAGCUCGAUUGGAGCUGUCCGGCACAUCAAUUUAGUUAAGCUUGUUGGUUUCUGUUGUGAGGGUUCUAAGAGGUUGCUUGUUUACGAACACAUGCCAAAUCGCUCACUUGAUGUGCAUCUAUUUAGAAACAACUCUACAACGCUGAAUUGGUUUGUCAGGUAUCACAUAGCCCUGGGAGUUGCGAGAGGGUUAGCUUACUUGCAUGAGAGCUGUCGAGACUGCAUCAUACACUGUGAUAUCAAGCCAGAAAACAUACUUCUUGAUGCUUCAUUCAUUCCAAAAGUUGCAGACUUUGGGAUGGCAAAGCUCUUAGGAAGAAUGUUUAGCCGAGUCUUGACUACAAUGAGAGGAACUGCAGGGUACCUUGCACCUGAAUGGAUUACUGGAGUUGCUAUUACACCAAAAGUCGAUGUUUAUAGCUACGGGAUGGUGCUGCUGGAAAUUAUAUCUGGAAAGAGGAACUCAUGCGCACCAUGUACUAGCGGUGGCAACCUUGAUGUUUAUUUCCCUCUGUAUGCUGCACAUAAGCUUCUUGAAGGAGAAGUCGGGUGUUUGGUAGAUGAAAUGUUACAUGGUGAUGUUAAUCUGGACGAGGCUGAACUGGCUUGCAAGGUUGCAUGUUGGUGUAUCCAAGAUGAUGAGUUUGAUCGACCAACAAUGGGAGAGGUAGUUCGGAUUCUCGAAGGGCAAAUUGAAAUCGGGAUGCCCCCGAUACCAAGACUGCUUCAAGCUAUGGCUGGGAACUCGGAUAUAGCAUGA